GCCUCAGUUCGCGCCGCGCCUCGGCUUGGAGCGCAGCGGCGCCGGCUCCGGGAGCCCGAGCGGAGCCAGCCGCGCUCACAUCCAGCGGCCGCACGGGCGAUGCGGGGCCGCCCCGCGCCCGCCCCAGUCCCGGCCCCAGCCCCGGCCCCCGCGGGAAGGGGCUGAGCCGCCCGCCGCCGCCCGGAUGGCGAGCCUCGCCGCGCUCGCCCUCAGCCUGCUCCUGAGGCUGCAGCUGCCGCCGCUGCCCGGCGCCCGGGCUCAGAGCGCCGCAGGUGGCUGUUCCUUUGAUGAGCACUACAGCAACUGUGGUUAUAGUGUGGCUCUAGGGACCAAUGGGUUCACCUGGGAGCAGAUUAACACAUGGGAGAAACCAAUGCUGGACCAGGCGGUGCCCACAGGAUCUUUCAUGAUGGUGAACAGCUCUGGGAGAGCCUCUGGCCAGAAGGCCCACCUUCUCCUGCCGACCCUGAAGGAGAAUGAUACCCACUGCAUCGACUUCCAUUACUACUUCUCCAGCCGUGACAGGUCCAGCCCAGGGGCCUUGAACGUCUAUGUGAAGGUGAAUGGUGGCCCCCAAGGGAACCCCGUCUGGAAUGUGUCCGGGGUCGUCACUGAGGGCUGGGUGAAGGCAGAGCUCGCCAUCAGCACUUUCUGGCCGCAUUUCUAUCAGGUGAUAUUUGAAUCCGUCUCAUUGAAGGGUCAUCCUGGCUACAUUGCUGUGGACGAGGUUCGGGUCCUUGCUCAUCCGUGCAGAAAAGCACCUCAUUUUCUGCGACUGCAAAACGUGGAGGUGAAUGUGGGGCAGAAUGCCACAUUUCAGUGCAUUGCUGGUGGGAAGUGGUCUCAGCAUGACAAGCUUUGGCUCCAGCAAUGGAAUGGCAGGGACACGGCCCUGAUGGUCACCCGCGUGGUCAACCACAGGCGCUUCUCAGCCACGGUCAGUGUGGCAGACACUGCCCAGCGGAGCGUCAGCAAGUACCGCUGUGUGAUCCGCUCUGACGGUGGUUCUGGUGUGUCCAACUACGCGGAGCUGAUUGUGAAAGAGCCUCCCACGCCCAUUGCUCCCCCAGAGCUGCUGGCUGUGGGGGCCACAUACCUGUGGAUCAAGCCAAAUGCCAACUCCAUCAUUGGGGAUGGCCCCAUCAUCCUGAAGGAAGUGGAAUAUCGCACCACCACAGGCACCUGGGCGGAGACCCACAUAGUCGACUCUCCCAACUACAAGCUGUGGCAUCUGGACCCCGACGUUGAGUAUGAGAUCCGAGUGCUCCUCACACGACCAGGUGAGGGGGGUACCGGACCGCCAGGGCCUCCCCUCACCACCAGGACCAAGUGUGCAGAUCCGGUGCAUGGCCCACAGAACGUGGAAAUCGUAGACAUCCGAGCCCGGCAGCUGACCCUGCAGUGGGAGCCCUUCGGCUACGCGGUGACCCGCUGCCAUAGCUACAACCUCACCGUGCAGUACCAGUACGUGUUCAACCAGCAGCAGUACGAGGCCGAGGAGGUCAUCCAGACCUCCUCCCACUACACCCUGCGAGGCCUGCGCCCCUUCAUGACCAUUCGCCUGCGACUCCUGCUGUCUAACCCCGAGGGCCGAAUGGAGAGCGAGGAGCUAGUGGUGCAGACUGAGGAAGACGUUCCAGGAGCUGUUCCUCUAGAAUCCAUCCAAGGGGGGCCCUUUGAGGAGAAGAUCUACAUCCAGUGGAAACCUCCCAAUGAGACCAAUGGGGUCAUCACGCUCUAUGAGAUCAACUACAAGGCUGUUGGCUCGCUGGACCCAAGUGCUGACCUCUCCAGCCAGAGGGGGAAAGUGUUCAAGCUCCGGAAUGAAACCCACCACCUCUUUGUGGGUCUGUAUCCAGGGACCACCUAUUCCUUCACCAUCAAGGCCAGCACAGCAAAGGGCUUUGGGCCCCCUGUCACCACUCGGAUCGCCACCAAAAUUUCAGCUCCAUCCAUGCCUGAGUACGACACAGACACCCCACUGAAUGAGACAGACACGACCAUCACAGUGAUGCUGAAACCCGCUCAGUCCCGGGGAGCCCCUGUCAGUGUUUAUCAGCUGGUUGUCAAGGAGGAGCGACCACAGAAGUCACGGAGGGCAGCUGACAUUAUUGAGUGCUUUUCGGUGCCUGUGAGCUAUCGGAAUGCCUCCAGCCUCGAUUCUCUACACUACUUUGCUGCUGAGUUGAAGCCUGCCAACCUGCCUGUCACCCAGCCAUUUACAGUGGGUGACAAUAAGACAUACAAUGGCUACUGGAACCCUCCUCUCUCUCCCCUGAAAAGCUACAGCAUCUACUUCCAGGCACUCAGCAAAGCCAAUGGAGAGACCAAAAUCAACUGUGUUCGUCUGGCUACAAAAGCACCAAUGGGCAGCGCCCAGGUGACCCCGGGGACUCCACUCUGCCUCCUCACCACAGGUGCCUCCACUCAGAAUUCUAACACUGUGGAGCCAGAGAAGCAGGUGGACAACACCGUGAAGAUGGCUGGCGUGAUCGCUGGCCUCCUCAUGUUCAUCAUCAUUCUCCUAGGUGUGAUGCUCACCAUCAAAAGGAGAAGAAAUGCUUAUUCCUACUCCUAUUACUUGAAGCUGGCCAAGAAGCAGAAGGAGACCCAGAGUGGAGCCCAGAGGGAGAUGGGGCCUGUGGCUUCUGCUGACAAACCCACCACCAAGCUCAGCGCCAGCCGCAAUGAUGAAGGCUUCUCUUCUAGUUCUCAGGACGUCAACGGAUUCACAGAUGGCAGCCGUGGGGAGCUUUCCCAGCCCACUCUCACGAUCCAGACUCAUCCCUACCGCACCUGUGACCCUGUGGAGAUGAGUUACCCCCGGGACCAGUUCCAGCCUGCCAUCCGGGUGGCUGACUUGCUGCAGCACAUCACGCAGAUGAAGAGAGGCCAGGGCUAUGGGUUCAAGGAGGAAUACGAGGCCUUACCAGAGGGGCAGACAGCUUCGUGGGACACAGCCAAGGAGGAUGAAAACCGCAAUAAGAAUCGAUAUGGGAACAUCAUAUCCUACGACCAUUCCCGGGUGAGACUGCUGGUGCUGGAUGGAGACCCGCACUCUGACUACAUCAAUGCCAACUACAUUGACGGAUACCAUCGACCUCGACACUACAUUGCAACUCAAGGUCCAAUGCAGGAGACCGUAAAGGACUUUUGGAGAAUGAUCUGGCAGGAGAACUCUGCCAGCAUCGUCAUGGUCACAAACCUGGUGGAGGUGGGCAGGGUGAAAUGUGUGCGAUACUGGCCAGAUGACACGGAGGUCUACGGAGACAUUAAAGUCACCCUGAUUGAAACAGAGCCCCUGGCAGAAUAUGUCAUACGCACCUUCACAGUCCAGAAGAAAGGCUACCAUGAGAUCCGGGAGCUCCGCCUCUUCCACUUCACCAGCUGGCCUGACCACGGCGUUCCCUGCUACGCCACUGGCCUUCUGGGCUUCGUCCGCCAGGUCAAGUUCCUCAACCCCCCAGAAGCAGGGCCCAUAGUGGUCCACUGCAGUGCUGGGGCUGGGCGGACUGGCUGCUUCAUUGCCAUUGACACCAUGCUUGACAUGGCCGAGAAUGAAGGGGUGGUGGACAUCUUCAACUGCGUGCGUGAGCUCCGGGCCCAGAGGGUCAACCUGGUACAGACAGAGGAGCAAUAUGUGUUUGUGCACGACGCCAUCCUGGAAGCGUGCCUCUGUGGCAACACUGCCAUCCCUGUGUGUGAGUUCCGUUCUCUCUACUACAAUAUCAGCAGGCUGGACCCCCAGACGAACUCCAGCCAAAUCAAAGAUGAAUUUCAGACCCUCAACAUUGUGACACCCCGUGUGAGGCCCGAGGACUGCAGCAUUGGGCUCCUGCCCCGGAACCAUGAUAAGAAUCGAAGCAUGGACGUGCUGCCUCUGGACCGCUGCCUGCCCUUCCUCAUCUCGGUGGACGGAGAAUCCAGCAAUUACAUCAACGCGGCACUGAUGGAUAGCCACAAGCAACCUGCCGCCUUCGUGGUCACCCAGCACCCUCUACCCAACACCGUGGCAGACUUCUGGAGGCUGGUGUUUGAUUACAACUGCUCCUCUGUGGUGAUGCUGAAUGAGAUGGACACUGCCCAGUUCUGUAUGCAGUACUGGCCUGAGAAGACCUCCGGGUGCUACGGGCCCAUCCAGGUGGAGUUCGUCUCCGCAGACAUCGACGAGGACAUCAUCCACAGAAUAUUCCGCAUCUGUAACAUGGCCCGGCCACAGGACGGUUAUCGUAUAGUCCAGCACCUCCAGUACAUUGGCUGGCCUGCCUACCGGGACACGCCCCCCUCCAAGCGCUCUCUGCUCAAAGUGGUCCGACGACUGGAGAAGUGGCAGGAGCAGUAUGACGGGAGGGAGGGACGCACUGUGGUCCACUGCCUAAACGGGGGAGGCCGUAGUGGAACCUUCUGUGCCAUCUGCAGUGUGUGUGAGAUGAUCCAGCAGCAAAACAUCAUUGACGUGUUCCACAUCGUGAAAACACUGCGUAACAACAAAUCCAACAUGGUGGAGACCCUGGAACAGUAUAAAUUUGUAUACGAGGUGGCACUGGAAUACUUAAGCUCCUUUUAGCUCAGUGGGAUGGGGAACCUGCCGGAGUCCAGAGGCUGCUGUGACCAAACCCCCUUUUGUGUGAAUGGCAGUAACUGGGCUCAGGGGCUCCGAGGUGGUGGCACCCUGCCUGACUCCAAGGAGAAGACUGGUGGCCCUGUGUUCCACGGGGGGCUCUGCACCUUCUGAGGGGUCUCCUGUUGCUGUGGGAGAUGCUGCUCCAAAAGGCCCAGGCUUCCUUUUCAACCUAACCAGCCACAGCCACGGGCCCAAGCAGAAGUACACCCACAAGCAAGGCCUUGGAUUUCUGGCUCCCAGACCUCCUGCUUUUGUUCUGAGUUUGUGGAUCUCGUGGCAAGCCGACUGUGCAGGUGCUGGGGAAUGGGAAGCUCCCCUGCCUUCCUUCUCCUUGGGAGUGGAGGAGAUGUGUGUUCUGCUCCUCCAUGUCAUGGAAAAGAUUGGGGCUCUUGGGGGUCACUGCUCUGCUGCCCCCUGCAACCUCCUUCAAGGGCCUCUGGCACCAGACAUUUGCAGUCUGGACCAGUGUGACCUUACAAUGUUCCCUAGGUCACAAGAGAGGCCCCCAUCCUCACACCUAACCUGCAUGGGGCUUGGCCCACAACCAUUCUGUACCCCUUCCCCAGCCUGGGCCUUGACUGUCCAGCAUUCACUGGCCGGCCAGCUGUGUCCACAGCACUCUUUGAUAAAGGUGUUCUUUGCUUUUUUGUGUGGUCAGUGGGAGAGGGUGGAACUGCAGGGAACUUCUCUGCUCCUCCUUGUCUUUGUAAAAAGGGACCACCUCCCCGGGGCAGGACUCAGGCUGACCUGUAGGAUGUAACCCGUGUGUCUCUUUGGUGGUAGCUUUCUUUGGAAGAGACAAACAAGAUCUGAUUAUUUUCCAAAGUGUAUGUGAAAAGAAACUUUCUUUUGAGGGGUGUAAAAUCUUAGUCUCUUGUGUCAAAAAGAAAGGGGCGGGGGAGUUUGAGUGUGUACCUCUAAGACAAAUCUCUUGGGCCUUUUAUUUUUUCCUGGCAAUGUCCUUAAAAGCUCCCACCCCGGGACAGCAUGCCACUGAGCAAGGGAGAGAUGGGCGAGCCUGAAGAUGGUCCCUUUGGUUUCUGGGGCAGAUAGAGCACCAGCUUUGGGCAUAAUUUGGCUCUCCAAAUUUGAACUCCUUCCUAAAGAAACCCAGCAGCCACCUUGAAAAAGGCCAUUGUGGAGCCCAUUAUACUUUGAUUUAAAAUAGGUCAAGAGAAUCAGGCCCGGAGAUCUAGGGUCUUGUCCAAAGUGUGAGUCAGUGAGAGGGAACCAACAUUUGCUAAGUCUCUACUGUAUGCCAGGGAUCAUGCUUGGCACUUUCCACAGGACAUUCCACUCAGUCCUUAGAACCCCCAGGAGAGAGCUACUGGCUUGUUACCAUCCCCAUUUGAUCAUCUCCUCCAAUGAGGAAACCCAGGCACCUUCCUCAGUGUUGAAAUCCUGGGUUCCAAAGGGGCAGGUAAUGGCAGUGAGACUUCUCUGUGCUGUUUUUCUCAUGUUCUCUAAGUCAAGCAGUUAUUUUAUGGAGGGAAAAUAAGGCCAGAAACUUCUGAGCAGAGAACUCCUCUACAAAUGGAAAUUUAGUACUUUCUUCCUGAUGCCAGUUCUUCUGGGAAGCCCAGAAUUUCAUAUAUAUUUUAGUAACACAUUCCCAGCUCCCCAGGAAAGCCAGUCUCAUCUAAUUUCUUAGUCAGUAAAAACAAUUCCCUGUUCCCUCAGGCUAUGAAGGGACCAGCCAGGGACACUCUCGAUCUUGAUCUCUAGCCAGUGCUUAGGCCCAGUAUCUGACAGCCUCAGGUGGGCUGGGACCGAGGAAGCUCCAUCUUGAAGGCUGGUCUAGCCCCAGACAGGGCAUGAGGGGCAGAGAACCCAAGAAGGCACAGCUUUGGCCCUCAGGAGCCCACUGUAUGCUGGGGAAAUUGAACCACGGUGCAGUAGUGUGGAGUGGAUGAGUGUUCCAUGAGCCUAGGAGCAAGAAAGUCUCUUUGGCCUAGGGCUUCCUGGGGAAGGGGACAUCCGUUCCUGCUGGGUCUUAACAGGUAGAAAAAGAACAAAAAGGAAACUCAGGCAAAGGGAUCCAUAUGUGCAAUGGCAAAGAAAUGUGAAAAGGCAUCGGGAGGAGCAGUCUGGGGGAGGCCAGCCCAGUGCGGGCACAGCACAACAGGCGGAGCAGCAGGGAUGAGCCAGGGUCCAGGAGAGAGAGGCCCAUCGCAAGUGCAGACUUUGUCCUAUUGGAAACAAGGAGUCCACGGAGCUUUAGAGAGAUGUACUCAGCUUCGUGUUGGCAAAGACUCCCUCUGACCAAUGGGGCUGCCUCUUUUACUUUCAUCAGACACUGUGAAAACAUUCCCUUAAGUGUGUACUUUUUAAUAUCACAUCUCUUUGUCUGUCUGCUCACUGUUUUGUUGCUGGAACUAAAUAUACAGUGGAUCAUGAGACUCGGAUUCUAUGAGAAACCCAGGGUCUCUGCUUUACCACGGAGCAGGGUCACCAACCCAGAUCUCCAGGCCCAUGAGGAUGGAACAUGAAAGGAGCCCACAAAAGUGGCUUCCAUUGGCAUGGGCUCUGGAGCUGUCUAGAAGUCCAGGGACACCAGACUUGAUCAAGGAAGGGCUGUCACUUUAGAGGUUCAAAAGGAAGAGCCUCAAAGCAAAGGCAAGCAAAGGAACCCCGCGAUGAACUUGCUCUUUUCCUUUGAUGAGCCUCUCCCCAGGUGUAUUUCAGCAGACCCCGGGGACCCACCCACACUGGGCCUGCUGGCCUCCCUUGGCUCCAGCCCACUGCCCCAGCUGGCCUUCCCCAGCCUGCAAGGAGCCUGGAGCAUGGCAAAUCCACCUGCUGUAGGCUAUUAUCUCAGAUCUUGGUACAUCCAGACAGCAUGAGGAUGGAGGGAGAGCUAUUUAACACAAAUCCUAACAUUUUUUUUCUGCUCAGGAAGGGGUGUAAUAGCUGGCAGAUAAACAUGACAGCAGUUUCUAUCAUUUUAAAUGGUAGGAAUUUAAAGUGUGACUUUAAGAAGAAAAAAACUUGUAAAAAAAAAAAAAAUAUAUAUAUAUAUAUAUAUAUAUCAGGCCAUGGUGGGGUAACCCAGCAAGGACCAGUGAUGAUUCCCCCAGCUCAUCCCCUUGUUUUCCCACAACCCAACCAUUCUCCAAAGAAAGCAAGGCAGUGAAUAGGUCUUAAGCCAGUGCACACAGGAAGAAAUUGAGGCUCACAGAUGGGGAUGACUUCCUAAGAUCCCAUGAGACAAGGAUGUGGCAAGGCUUGGAUGAGAUGGGGCACCAGUGCCCAGGAAUUUGAACAUUUUCCUUUACCCAGGAAAUCUCUGGAGUCACCACAACCUCCCCCAGGGGAUCUCCCCACCCCACCCCAUUUACAGGGUGAGCUCAGCCUGUCGUGAGGAGAGGAAAAUAUUAUUAGUGCUCUCUGAGUCUUUACAACAGGAGCUCUCACCUCAUAGAUGUGAACCCUGUUUGGAGAAGAUGCAAGGAAGUAAAGAGAAGCCCAGGAACUUUCUCCAUUUGUGUGUGUUUAUGGCCUAGAUAGCUACAGGAUGUAUCUUAGCUGCACUCCAACAUUGCAUCCUUUCUGGGGUGAAGAAUCUAGGCCAACCAGGGGCCCUUGGUUCUCUAGAAGGCCACAGUAGGCCUUUGUGGGAAUGGAAAGGGACAGCUUGCUUUUAGUGCUGGCCCUCUCUGUGGGUGUGGCCUGCAAAGGAACCAACAGACCCUAUGCUGGGGACUGUAAUGUGUGAGCUCAUUAAAUUCUUCCAACAUUCUAAAGGAGGGUUUGUGAUUGUCACCAUUUUACUGAUGAGGAAAGUAAGGCUCCUAGGGGAGAAAUCACUUGCCCACAGUUCCAUAGCUAGUGAGUGAAAGAACCAGGAUUUAAACUGGUUUUUUCUCACUACAGAGACUAUUUUUCCACCAUUGUAUCUCACAUUUUUCCCAGGAGGUUAUCCGUAACAGAAGAGACUAGAGUGGAACGGCUAUCUCAGUAGAUACAGCUCAAAGCAAACAACAGUAAGCUUAAAAUUCCUUCAUAGUCUCAUGUUUUACUUUAACAAUUCAUGCAAAAUUUGCAUUCCACUUUCUGAUUUAGCCUGGUUGGUUUUAAUAUGACUGUAUGAAUAUUUCAAAAAAAAAAUGUGCUCUGUUCCUCAUGUUGUUCUGUUCUGUUCACCUCACUAUGACGGACCCUGGGUCAGCUGGUCUUGAACUUGACCCUAGAAUUGACUCUAGGAGCAGUGGCCCUGCUGCCUCCCAGAGCCAAUUACAGGCAAGAUCAAGACCAACUGACCUUCUCCUAGGCAGCUCCUUUGGUGUGCAGAUGCUCUGACCUCACUGUUCAUGAGUGGACCUCAACUCAGGUAUCUUCCAGUUGGGUGCUGGAAGGAACCCAUUGACUCACACUAGAAUGAUGAGGAUUUGCUCAUCUGGCGUGGAGAAGGAUGAGCCCACAAAACCCUAAAAGGAAAGGAGAGGCUGGACACAGCUGUACUCAGCAUAUUCCUGAAUGCUAGGCUGGAAAGUGGUGCCUGUUGUCCAAGUGGAGUCACAUGGUUGCUAAUGUGGGCAAGUCUGAGGACACACUUCAUGAGCAGCUGGGGUCUGGAAGGUUCCUCGCUUUACCCUGGCCACAUAUACUUACUGGUUGCCUACAGCACAUAGAACCUUGGAGAGAGCACUAUUAGGAAACCGAGAUUACUGUGGCACAAUUAAUUCCUGGGUAAGGCAUGGGGUUGUGGUAGACAGAGCUCAGUCUUUAGUUUGAAUCCCAACCCUGCCAUUUCUUGGCCAUACAGUGUUGGGCCAACCAAUUAAUGUAAAAACAUACAUGAAAAAAGGACCCUCAUCAACAUUAGAAGGGGUAGAUUCAGAGCACUUUAGGCAGGAAAACAGGAAGGCAAGGCCAGGAAACUGGAACCCAAUGAAUACUCAGAACCAAGGAUGCAGAUGAUUUAUUUAGCGAAGUGGUCACUUCUGUGACAUAGCUGGACAAAGGAUGGGUAACAGCUUGGCAGAGCCAGUUGGAGCAAGGGCAAAUCUCAGUGUCUGGGGCAAAAGAUGAUGAAUUUCCCUCUGACCCAUCAUGUUUAUUCAUCUUCCACUCCCCAUUGCCACACUAGCUCUUGCUGUAUGUCCUCAGCAGGAUCUACAUUCCCUCAGCGCUGGUGGGAACCCCUUAGAGUACAUAGAGGUGUCAGUCCAGUAAGACUGCUCUACACAACAGAAGUGAGGCCCAGGGAAUAGCAGCCAGGCCCUUAUCCUGUUAUCUCUGCAGGAGUGACUACCCUACCCAGAUCCAGAGACACUGAAGGAAAUGAUAAUUCCCUGGUACCUCACUGCCUCGGGACAGAAUGAAGAAAGCCACCCUUCCUUAGGCUGCAGCUGGCCACCGCUGGGCUGGGUAAACAGGUCAUCAGCACCAAGCUAAAUCAGGAGUAACACUAUGGAAGACACGGGUGAGCCCAAGAGGAAGCAUGAACACGAUACUGGUCCUAAGUCAUGUCAACAGGUUGUGCUGGGCCAGGAUCCCCAGGGGAAAAAAAAUGGUCAACCCAACUGGAGGGUGGAAGAAAAAAAACAUAAACAUGGAUAGUCACGUCAUCUCAAAUCCCUGACUUGCCUUCCUCAUUACUUAACAGUGUGAGCUCCUUCUCACUCUAUGACCAGCUUUGAAUCACAGCCAAGUAAAACAAGGAAAUAGGAAAAGUAAAUCCAACUAGAAGAGACAAGCUGAUAGACAAGCUCCCAUGCAAGGGUUCUCUGUUGGAGGUUUUCCAUGUAUACAUGUCUAGAAGUGAUAGAAUGCAAGACCUUGGCUUCCUCUUGCAGGGAUCUGCCUUUGAGGUCAUAGACUGUCUGAACAACAGGGAGAGAGGUUAGUGGUGGAGCAUGGGGGGAGCUGUUCUAGCCCCAGUUUCUUCUGACACAUUUUUCAGGAUCAUGGAUCUGAUCCUCAGAAGCACAGGAAAGACAUCUAAGCCAUAUUUGUGCACAUGAGCAGACUCUUCUAGAUUUUUAGUAACCAGGGAUGGGCUUUUGCAUGGCACUGACUAUACAGUUGUCUUGUAGAGAUCAAGCCAGUCUUUUGCAUCCCACCUCUAGAAAAGAUGGGAAAAGGUCAUCAAAGGGGCUACAUUCACCAACUGAAAAUCCACCCAUGAAUGUUAGGUCUCUAAAAGGAGGCAUCAGCACUCACAAUGGUAGCCUCCAAACCUAGCAUCCCACCUAUGUAAGAGCUCAGUGGUGGUCCACUGGGACACAUACAAGGGAAGUAAAAGGGCUCAGGAUGAAAGAGAAUCUGUUGGGAAGACUUUUAGGGGCUGGAUCGUUAUGGGGCUUCCUUCUGUAUCUGAGAACUGCUCUGGGUGGUGGGAUGUGGACUCUGAUCCUUGAUUGGAAUGUUCAGAGAAUGAGUGUCUGGUGGCCUUGAAGUGUUGGACAGAAAAGUAUCAGUAUAAAAGCCUGGAGCUCAGGGUAAUUAAUGUAGUUCAUGGUUCCUUAGUGAGCAGGACUCUUGGAUGUAGAGGAGAAAGGGUCAUAGGAAGUAACCCGCCAAAAUUACAAAUUUAGUCUCUGUACAAUUACUUCAGUGCCUUUGGGCUUAUGAAUACAAAUCAGUGGACCUUCUCUAUGAUGGUCCAACAAACUCUCAGUGCCCACCCUGUCCCUGUAUCUCCCAUGGAAGAUGAAUACUGUCAGGUGUUCUUUGGGUCAAAGCCCCCAGGGCAUUCUGGAGGCUCAGAGGGCAAAGUGGUGUCAUUCCAUGUAAAAUCAGGCUUCUGAGGCAUCAGGCAGAAUACGGUGUCCAUAUACUCCAUAGGUCUGCUGAUUCUUGGAUGAAGUCAAGCACAGUUUGCUAGACCCAGGUCACUCCUCUGAGUAUAACUAGGACCCAUGAGUGAAACUUAAUAGCUGUAAGGAAGACCUGCUGUCUGCCAGAGAGGGUAAGCUGCCCAUCUCGGCAGCUGUCUAAAAAAUGCCAGGUGUCUCUUUAAAGGGAAGAGGAGCAUUGCUGAAAUGGAUUUCAGGUCACUUCCAUUCUAGAUGGGUGAGAUCUUGUGGAGCUGGAAUCACAUUUGAACUCAUUCAUACCUGUAGAGCACAAAUCCAAGUAGAGUGUGUUUGGUCUGUACAGGUUGAAGCCCCCUGCUCCCCCGUCCAAGUCUCCUCACUGAGCAGGCCAACAUGCUCUUGUGGCUGCAUAUAUUGGGCUGAUCCAUUCUGGUUAUCACCAAACAGCAAACCAUAGGGAACAGCCACUUUGCCAUAGACCCAAUACCCACGUAGAUCUCUGAUGAGAGCAGCCAUAACUCAGACCCACUGACCAAAAGGGCCAUGAGUGACAGCCAAAACCAGUGAAGGUCCAAGCAGGACACAGACCAGGGCUUUGCUUGCCAUAUACAUUAUCUCCAGAGGUUAUUUCUACCCCACUCCCUAUUCAAGGCCUGUUGGAGCAGAUUGCAAAAGCAAAAGCACAGUAACUCAAUUUACACAUGAUUAUAAUCAUUUCCAGUGCACACAUUUCAUCACCAGGUGGAUCCUGAGUUAGCCCAUGUAAAUCCAGGUUAACCCACAUUGGUAAUCAGACUCAAAAGCACUUUUCACCCUACAUUCUACUAGCCAAUCAAAGACAAAGAGUUGUGGCCUCUACCAUUGCCUUGGCUUCUGAACACCCUCACAGGCUAUCCCAAGGUUCCCGCUCAACUCCAGGGAGGCUGACAUCUUCACAUCCACUGGGCAUAUGAUAUUGCAUGAGACCAAAGUCUCCACAUUGUUUGAAGCCUCCUCCAUGAAUCCCAAUGGCCUGCACUUGUACAGUUUGGGUGUUUGAUAGAUAAAGCACGUAUGAGAAGAGAAAACAAAAUAAAUCAACUUUUUAAAAAAGCCAGCACUGUGCUGUCAAUGUUUUUUUUUUUCUUUUCAAUUCUAGCUUAAAAAAGCAGAAGGUAAAUAAUGUCAGGUCAAUGAAUAUCAGAUAUAUUUUUUGACUGUACAUUACAGUGAAGUGUAAUCUUUUUACACCUGCAAGUCCAUCUUAUUUAUUCUUGUAAAUGUUCCCUGACAAUGUUUGUAAUAUGGCUGUGUUAAAAAAUCUAUACAAUAAAGCUGUGACCCUGAGA